AUGUGUCGGCACUGUGUUCGUGUUGGCUUUACUACGAUUGAUGGAAGUUUACUGUUGGGAACUGAUGCGAAUGGAAUAGCAUUUGAUGCGGGGUUGGGGUAUGACAAAGUGCAAGGACAUCUGAAGCACGUGGGAGGAAGGCAGUUUUCAAAUGGUCCGUGCGUAUGGAAGGAGAUGAAAAUGACAUAUUUGGACAAGGCUGAUUUCGGUCUUGACGACGUUGUGACCGUCGUUUUAAAUUUGAGUGAAAAUGUUGAGGAUCGCCAUUCGAACUCAAUCGCUCUUUUUAAAAACGGCCUGCGUGUUACCGAACCAAUUCCAAUUCCGGAUGAUUUGAAGGGGAAGGAUUUAUACCCAACAGUGACCUUCAAAAACGUCAGAAUCGCUGUGAAUCUCGGACACGAAAUGGACGGGAGAAGAGCGGCUGAGCUUGCGGGGUUAACUCAGAGGUUGAAAUCUUCUUCGCUCCGUCCACUUCGUCGUGGUGGAGAACCCUCUAACGAUCGGCCCGACUACCUCUUUGGAAUUCAACCAGUCGAUGAGGGCAUAAUCAGAUCACGUAUAAGAGACUUGGCGAGUUCGCCGCAGGAUGGGAGGUCUAUUAUAUUGGUCGAGAUUGAAGGCGGAUUACUGAAGGAGGAGAGAGGGAAAAUAAUGUCCAAAUUUAUGACGCAUAAACGUGUCGCGCGAAUUUGCGUGGGCGAGCCUGAUGAUGGAUAUCAAAAUUAUGUGAGAGAUUUGGUGCGGGGAGAAAUCGAAUCGGCGAAAUCGGCAGAAAGGGAGAGGAAACUCGAGGAACUGAGGAGAGAGUGGAAGACCCGAGUGGUGGAGAAGGAGAGGCAGCGAAGAGUCAAAGCCGCUGCCCGCGCGGCUGAGAGGGCACGCAAAGAAGCGGCGGCGGAAGCUCGGCGUAAAAGGAAGGAGGCGGCAAUGAGAGCUGCCGCGGCGAAGAGGGCGGCAGAGGCUCGGAAGGGCGAUGAGCCUUCAGCAGAAGAUGGAAGUGAAACUAAGUUGGCUGAUGACGUUGCUAUGGAAAUGCAGGAAGGAGAGGGCGAUGUUAGUGAAGAGGAGCAUUUAGUUGAAGUCGAAGAGGAGGAGGAAGAAGGAGAUGAGCCGGAGCCGACUCUGCCAGAGGUGGAAGUCACUGAGGAUGACUUGAAAAAGGCUAUUAAACUGGAUGGUUGGAUACGCCACCGUAAAGUGUUGGAAAAAGUUCCGACGAUUAUGGGACCGAGCGAGUGGUUUAAAGUCCAACUGGAUGCAUGGUCGGAGACUAAGCUGGAAUGGAGGAAAAAACACAGGACGUACCUUCAAGCGGUGGCGAUGAGGGAAGCGGCGGCGGCGAAGAAGACGGAAGCGGAAGAGGUUAGUAAGGAGGAUGUGAAAGCUGAGGAGUCGAAGGAGGCCAAUGAUGGUGAUACUCCGGUGGUUGGAUCGCCUCUCCCUGAGGCGCCGUCACAGACCACUUAUAUCGAUCCUGAUGCUGCUGACAUUUGGGCGGUCGAAGAUAUCAACGAUUUGGAUGGGAAAGGGACUCCAUUAUAUGGGAAAUUCCAGGCUGAGGAUUGGCAGUUGUUGAAUCUCCGUUAUGAACUGCAUUUACUUUGCCAUGCAUUUUUCCGCGAUGCCACUGCUGAGGAUGGUGAUAUCAAGGGAAUUCACCGCAGUUUACUGCAACAUUAUUUUUCGACGUAUUUCGUUGGGCAUCCUCCUCUGAUCGCGUCCUUGUAUGGGGGCAAGAGUGUGGAUGAGCUUCUGGACACUUUUGUGGUGGACACCAUUACGACGCGCGAGUAUCCCAGCCGUCAUCGCCUGGCUCAAGAGGAGGGCAUAAGGGUGGGAGGUUGCCCCCAGGGGUCUAUCAAUAUCAGCACUCAGCACCAGCAGGAGGGCAGCAAUAUGGAGGGAGAUAUCUUGGCGUUGGUCCCGUGUCACCGUCGGGUUACUAUGGAGGGCAACAACAACAACAGCAACAAUAUAAUUCUGGGUGAGAGGUAUAAACGUGGAUAUGAAUCUGCGGGGAUGUACGAUUAUGAGGCUGGGAAACGCCAGAAGGGAGGCGGACCGCCCCCGGGUCAGUAUUACCAGGCACCCCAUGGAUACGGUGGACAGUAUUAUCGUCAGUGA